GUGAGAUGUUCGGUUUUAUCCCUUUUUCACGAGAAACGCGAAGCGGCCACGGAGACUGUUUUCUUACUUUGUUGAAAUAAAGGAAGCAAAGCAUGAGAAAAACUUCUCCAUUUCGCCGUAAAUCGGCUAAAGAGUAAAGAGUUUACCACCGUCUGUAUCUUUCAUUCUUACUCAUAGUUGCAACCAGAUAAUAAUUGCUUCCUUCUCACUCUCACCCUUUUGCUCCACGUGCUAAACCCUGAAAUUGCGUCGUUUGAGUGCCCUUUUUAGUGAGAGAAAAUUCUACAGAAAACGAGAGAGAGAGAGAGGAUGGAAAGAAAGGUGAUUGCAGUGUGCUGCGUUGUGGGCUUUCUGGGUUUGCUCUCUGCUGCGACGGGCUUUGCUGCUGAAGCUAAGAGGAUUAAGGGAGAUGAAGUGAAAUUUACGUCGCCAUCUGAAUGUGUAUAUCCAGGGAGUCCUGCACUAGGCCUUGGAUUAACUGCUGCUGUUGCCCUCAUGAUUGCUCAAAUUAUCAUAAAUGUCGCAACUGGAUGCAUAUGUUGUAGGAAAGGCCCACAUCAAUCGAGCUCUAGCUGGACCUUAGCCCUUAUCUGCUUUGUCGUUUCAUGGUUCACAUUUGUUGUGGCUUUCCUGCUGUUGCUAACUGGUGCUGCUCUGAAUGACCAACACGGAGAAGAGAAUUUCUACUUGGGCUAUUAUUAUUGCUAUGUCGUGAAACCGGGCGUUUUUGCUGGGGCUGCUGUGUUGUCGCUAGCCAGUGUCUUUCUCGGGAUUGUAUAUUAUCUCAUUCUGACGGCAGCUAAGAACAAUGACAGCUCGUGGGGCCCGCCAGCUCAGGGUGGGAUAGCGAUGGGGCAGCCACAGUAUCCUCCUCCUCCUCAGUCGCAGGGGCCGAUGUUUGUGCACGAAGACACUUACAUGAGGCGGCAGUCUAUUAUGUGAAGGGAUGAGGGUUAAAAAUGUCAAUAUAGAAAGAACUGCUGUUUGGGGGUUAGCUUGUUGGUGGAUGAUAUGAUAUACAUACAUCAUAACUCUGUCUAAUCUUUGUUUCUCAGGGCUUUGUUAUACAUUUCUUGGUUUUUUCUUUUUUCUUUGGGAAAGCUGUAUUUUGUUAUGGUAAAAGCAUUGUUUUGAAACCUAGACCGGUGACCCGGAGUGUAGCCCUGUCAAAUCACCGAUCAAGGUUUUUAAACUAUGAGUGGAAGUUUGGUGUUUAAAUUCUGCAAUAUAUUUUUGAGAAAUUGAAGUGGAAAAUUUUUGGUGUGCU